CUGCUGCGGCUUCCGCGACCACAAGUACUGCUGCGACGACCCGCACAGCUUCUUCCCCUACGAGCACAGCUACAUGUGGUGGCUCAGUAUUGGUGCUCUUGUGGGCCUGUCCAUAGCAGCGGUGGUCCUCCUGGCCUUCGUUGUCACCGCCUGUGUGCUCUGUUACCUGUUCAUCAGCUCAAAGCCUCACACAAAGUUGGACCCAGGUUUAAGUUUACAGACUACAGAACCCGAGGAAAUGUCCCCUGACUGCCAAGAUGGGAAUACAGGCAAGUUGGUGGAGAUACCAGGAGUGAAUUCUCUAAGGCAGAGUCACCCCUUCCUGAACUCACGGCUGGACUGCAAUGAGGAGCAGGCGAUGGACCCCAAACACCUCUUCCAGUACUGCUUCAUGGCCACAGUGACUACCAGUGACAUUCCAGGCAGCCCUGAGGAGGCCCUUGUCCCCAAUCUAAUCGCACAUGGACCAGACCCAUAGACAUCCAAUAAACUUCUCUACACCAUC